GUUGCCCAAAGAAUCGACAGUCUUGUGUCAACUCUUGCGCAACGGAGUAUACAUGCCGAGUUAAAAAAUCAUGACUCAAAUACAAACUAUUUGUUUACUUCUAUGCAUAUCAGCCUACUGUGUGCAAGCGGAUAAAUAUACAGACGAAAACAGGCCAUACGAAUUUGGUUUUACAAUUGAAGGAGAACAGCAUAGACACGAGAAGAAAGAUGAAAAUGGAAUUAUUAUGGGCGAGUUUGGUUUCAUUACUGCCGAUGGUGUUUAUCACGUAACUGUAUAUGCCACAGAUGAAAACGGAAAUUUCAAGAUAUUAUCUAUGAAAAACAUUCGAGUCAAACCUUAUCCUACUGGUCCAACUCAAAAUACGAGACAAGGACAUUCUCUGGAGUUGCCUUCGUCGCCCCAAUCUAAAACAAAUAUACAAAUCAAAAGUAGCACUCAAAACAUAAAACAAGAACUAAAUUCAGGACCAGCAAAAUCAUGUUCACACUGUAGCUUGCCCACAACCACUACACAAUCACCAAAACUGACCAACAAUAGACCUUUAAAUACUUAUAACCAGCAACAAGAAAAGCAAUAUAAUACAAACAUUCAAUCCAGUAGAAAUACUUUCAGCCAAAAUAAUUUUAAUCAAGAUUACAGCAUUCGAGAAAACACGCAGCAAAACAAACAAAAACUCGAUAAUAGCUUUAGUAUAAAACAAUCGUCAAGUAAUGAUCAAACAGUUACUGGACAAGUAUACUCUGAAAAUAUCCACAAUAAACCACCUUCUAGAGAAAUAAGUACACCGCUAAUUUCUAAUUAUCCUCAAAGUUUUGAUAUAGGACAAAGCGUUUCAGAACAAGGACAAAUGGGUUUAGACAUUUAUCCACAAACCUAUGAGAACUCUCCACAAAUUCCAUAUGCAGUUCCGCAAUACUCACAAGGAUCAUCUCCUCUAAAUUCCAAUUCAGGAGAGUUUAAUCCUCAGACUUUAGGACAGACAGAAAUUGCUCAAAGUGGUAAAAUACCCGAAAGCAAUGUUUUUCAUUCAGACCAAUUUAAUUCAAAAACCUAUGGCGAAGAUCAGAAUUUAUCUAACAUCAAUAAAGCAAACUACGUACCAAAUAGCGUUGCACCUCAAAAUAGUGUUAAUGUUAACAGACAACCUAAAAGUUUUAGUGAAAUUUUGGAAUCUGUUAAUCCAGAAGUCGAAUACAAUAAUGCUGUUCAAUCGCAAGGAUCAAUCCAACCAAGUGUUAAUAACCUUCCUAAAAAACCCGUUUUGGUUGCUGCCCAAAUGGAAAUAGUCGACAGAAACACAGACAUUUAUCAUAAGAACCCUGGUGAGAAAGAUGGUCUACCAGAAGGUUUAACUAGUGCUGACAUGAAACAACUUUUGUAUACUUUUAAUUAUACAUUAGGAUUUCACGGACAUCAUGAAGAAGGGUACACGAAUGGAGCCAAAUACGGCUACUAUUUUGUAACAGGAAGGAAUGGAGUUAGAACGAGAGUUGAUUAUACUGCUGAUGAAACUGGCUUCCAUCCGAAAAUUUCACAAGAAGUCUUAGACAUAUUAUCUGAAGAUGUACCUAAACCGGAAACAGAAAAGGAUGAGAAAUAUGGCUUAAGAGGCUACGAAUUCAAAUGGCUUUAUUAUCCAGUUGAUUCAUCGUAAGAUUAAAAAAAAAAUCUUUUCUUAUGUAUAUUUACGCGAAUUUUAUUCAUCAUAAUGGAACAAGUUUUUCGGGUUUUAUCGCGGUUUAUUAAUAAGUUUUUUUGAUGCCAUUUUAGAGGACUGGAGGUCCUCCCGUGACCGUGCUGUAAAGUAUCCGAAACGUCAGAAUCCGAAAAAGUUGUUUCAUUAUUUAUAAAAAAAUGUUCGUUUGUUCCAAAAAUUAUCCUAAUUUAUAUUAGACACAUAGAAGAAUUUUAAAUAAACAAUUAGGUGUACCAAUCGAUAUGUCGUAGCGAAUUGACAAUGACAAUUCUAUUUAUAAUUUUAAUCUUUUUAAACGAUUGUAUUUCGAAUUUAAUAAGACGACUAGCCCUGUCAUUAAACUACGCCAUACAACCAAACUCCUGUCCUGAACAAAAAGUUCAAUAUUCAAUUGCUACACAAAUCUAGUAUUUAAACGUGAGCCUCUGCUCAGCGUACUAAUUAAAUGCCGAUCUUCUUCUAUCUUAUUCUUAUAUAUAAAUAAAAAUGAACGUUGCUAAGCGCA